AUGCUUGAAGGUGGUGAAAUUGGUUGGGAUAAUCAAUGCAUGGAUCCUUUUUGGGAAUAUAUUGGAAUUGCUGUGAAGAAGAAUAUUUGGGUUGCUCUAUUAGUGCUCGAACUGCAGAAGAACAAUUUUCAUGGCAUCAUUCAUGAUUCACUUACAAGGGAAAAUAGUUUGGAAGUCAACCUUAGUAGCAAUGGAUUUGAGGGGCCAGUUCCAAGAUCUUAUGUCCAUUGUAGAGAACUCAAGGUGCUAGAGCUUGGAAACAACAAAUUCUGUGACGAAUUUCCAAGUUGGUUGGAACAUCUGCCAAAGCUGCAUAUUCUAAUCUUGCGAUCUAACAGAUUCCAUGGACCCAUGCUAACUCUCAAGUCCAAAUUUCCUUUUCCGAGAUUGCGAGUUAUUGAUAUUUCGCACAAUUAUUUAAAGGGUCCACUACGAGAAGAAUAUCUCAGAAAUUUCUAG